GCUGCUGCGUGGAAUGCUAGAAAAUCCCACUCCUUCUCACUUUGUCUUUUCGCAUCCUCCAGAAUCUUCUCCAUUGCCCAAGCUUUUGGCCCAAUUCUGCUUGAGGUACAACACGUGAGAGAACAUUGGAAUUCUCCACGAAGAAGAAGCAACACUGAGUGGUGGAAAACAAUUUUGGAAUCUCUCCAACUCAGCUCUUAGCAUCCCCUUGCGAGUUCUUCAUAGCUAACAGCUUUGGCUACUUGCUCAUUAACACUGUUUCUCCGAUCACAGAGCAAACCCACUGUCUGCCCAUUGGUCUCCAGUACUGGUACUCAAUUCUACUUAGUCCCACUUGGUUCUAGAAGAUAUUAUGGAGAAGUACACAGAAUCACCACCUACCUUACAGGUAGAGCAUUCCUCCCUUCAGGCAGAGAAUCUGAUUCCGCAGCCACAAAUGCAGCAUCUGACUGAGGAGAACCCUGCUAUGAAGGACCAAGUCAUGCCUGCCCUGUCUACCCUGAUGAUGACUAUAUCCUGCUCACCUGAGCAUCUCUCCCAGUUUCAUGGUGACCCUGCCAAUCUCUCAAGGUUUCUUGCUCAGGUGACUACCUACUUGACAACUCUCAAGAUCCCCAAUCCUGCAGAUGAUGCCCAAAUCAAGUUCUUUUUUGACUACCUAUAUCAGCAGAUGGAGAGUUGUGGGGUCAUAUCUGGGUCUGACCAGAGUACUCUGCUGAAGCAAUAUGAGAACUUUGUUCUUGAGUUCCAGCAGUCAUUUGGUGAGCUGACAAAAGAGAAAAUGAACUGUCUGGACAAAGGGGACAACUCCUCUCAGCAGGAUGCUACUACUUUCCAGCUCCUUGCUCAAAAUCUGAGCAAUAAUGAAACCAAUCAGAGUGAUCACUUUCAAGAAGGACUAGCUGACCCCAUCCAGGAUGAAGUGAGUGGCACAGAUAUGAUGGACAACCUCCCAGACCUGAUCACUCAGUGUAUUCAGUUGGACAAAAAACGUAGUGACAGGCCAGAGCUCCUACAGUCAGAGGCCCAGCUCCCAAAGUUGGCUUCCCUGAUCCACCACCAAGCCCUCUCCAGUCCCACAGGUUUACCACCUAAGGAAGAGUCUAUACAGCUGCGGGGAAGCCAGCUGCCUCUCACCCCAGCCAAACGGGCCCGCCAGCAAGAAACUCGGUUGUGCCUCUACUGCAGCCAGUCUGGUCACUUCACAAGAGAUUGCCUUGCCAAACGUUCUCGAGCCCCAGCAAGGAUAAAUAACCCAGCUCACCAGUAAAAGGAACCUAGGCAGAUCACUUUGUAAACUUAUAUCCCUCUUACCUCUAGCCUUACUGAUUUAUAGCCUAUAAAUCUAUAAGCACUAACAGAUCUUGUUUAUUUGGUGACCCAUCAGCAAACCUGACCCAAUGAUGGUGAAAACAACUCACAGGCACCUUCUGCAGUUGGGACCACUUCCCCAAAAGUACUGAAAACUUGCAGGCAAAACUCUGCUGAGUCUGAGCCAAUAAAAACAACCCUGGCAGUGCAUUGGGAACCCCAUCCCCACCAAUGGAUGAGAUCUGGGUUGAGUUUGUUGGCCCAAGUCUUCUGUGCCUAAGAUUAGGUCCAAGCCUUUCACCCUCACCCUCACUGGUCUGUAUCCUAGUUCCCUAUGGGUUUAGGACCCUUGGCUGAAGUUCUAAUUGCAUUCUCAUAUCCUACCAAUAUUUUCCUAUUGGAGUCUGGAUCCUGAUCCACCUGUUGACAAGAGUCCAGCUGCAAUACAAACCAACCUUUGUGGAAACACAGCUCUGCCACCCUUCUGUAUAGCUAUGUAUUUUGUUGCCAUUUAACAACUUCUGCUUGCCCAACAAACUGGAUCUCUUGGCUAUUGACAAACCAGAUGGUAUGGCCCAUUGAAAACUCUGCUUGGAACUAUUGGUCCAUCGCUUUGAGGGCCAGCCCUUCAGGCAGGUACAUGUUAUUUGCUAAGCCCUACCAAUCCCAGGUUAUUGCCCUCUUCCCUAACAACCUACUUGAGGUUCAAGGAUGCCUUAUGAACAAGUCAAAAUGAUCUAGGAUAAUGACCUCUGAAAAGUAUUUAGUGAGAGUUGGGGAAGGUGUUCCAUCAUAAUUACUGUGUCCGCAGCAAUGUCCUUGCUGCCUUAGACAGGAAACCUGGCUAAAUAAAUCUCCACUGAAGACUUAGGCUCAGGCCCUGCAGUAGUUUCUGACUUUGGAGACCUCAGUGUGGUCACCACCUAGGAUCACUGGCCAUUGGUAUUGAGCUCUACCCUUAUGGACCACCUCUGGGGACCCUCAUCUAGUUGAGGAUCUUGAAAAGCAAUUAAUGGCAGACAACUUUCUGAACCAUCCCAUCUGAAAAAUCCUGGGGCAUAUACAUCAAUACCCUCUGUGCGUAAAACUCAAGAAGUGGGGAGUUUGAUUGCUCGUGUUGUGCUCUUGGCACACAUCAGCUCUGUGUAUGGAUUCCUAAUGCUUCUGAACAAAAGUAGUGCCAUGCUGAAAAGACACAACUCCCUAAAAUGUUAAGGAUAUCCAGUGAUGAUCGGUGUUUGCUGGUAAUUACCAGUCCUCUGUUUCCUGCUUCUUGGUGCUGAUGUAUGUCCCCCUAAUGGAUCUCCUGAAGAAAGAUCAGUAAUUCCAUAUCCCCUAGCAACCAUCAAGGCCUCUCAGAAUAUGAAGUGCCAGUGUACUUUGACCUUAUUUCUGAAGAAUUCUGCGAACUUUGACAAUACUUAAACCCAGCUAGCACCUUACUACUAUCACCCUAUAGCACUAACAAACAAAUUUUUUCACCCAUCAGUGCCUCACUAACCACCGUGCCAAUCCCUAUUUGCAUUCAUAAGGUGUCUCCUUUAUCAAAGCUUGCUAUACAUCCAUCUUACUUCAUAUGUUCUCACAACAAGGAGACAUGAAUGCAUGUAUUUCAGUUGUGCCAAGAAAUUCCCACUGGGGUACUGGGAUUAAAUGAGAUCCUGUAGCAAGUAUGUCUAUUUGAACUUUAAGUGACUCUAGGAUUACCUGGAGGUAUCCUGAUCUAGCACCACCAAUUCUGUAAUAAAGGACUAACCCAAUUGCUUCCAGUCACUUUCCUUGCUGACCCCAGUACAGUCCUGGAAUGCUGAUAGGAACAUUUAGUUGGCUUCAUCACCAAUCUUUCCUUAUCUUAUGGCCAGAAUUUAUCAUUGUGUGCUUUCUCACGAAGAUGUGUCACUUUAUUCCUGUUUGGACCUUCCCUCAGCAGCAACAUUACUUUUUUCCCCAAGAAAUCUUAAGAUUCCAUAGCCUCUUAGAAAAGAUAAUUAAUCCUGGGCUAUGAACUUCAGUUCACCUCCCACUUUUAGAAGCCCCUUGUUGAGGAAUUCUCAAUCAAGGACUUCUUGUACUCUGUGUGAUAUAAUCAAACAGCCAGACAGUACAUAUGAACAGGACGCUAGGAUAAUGCUUUACUGUCCACUAACUAGCAACCAUUUUAUUUACCACUUCAAAAUUUUGUUUUAGUGACACCAUCCACUUCAACUAGAAUGAACUCAUUACUUAGCAUAAAGAGAGUUACAUGGAUGUGUCCUCAGAAUUUAUACAUAAGUGAAAUUCUCUGAGAGUGAAACUCAUUAAAAUCUAUAGAGAACAGAUGAGAUUUAACCUACUCAAAGAUGAAGUCCACAACUGCAAAGGCUUGGGGAACUCCCAGGUCAUCACGGUGGUAGUUUUAG